GACGCUAUUUUAACACCGGAUCUCGUUUUGAAGCAGAUGUUUAAGGACCCAAAAUAUGUGACCUGUCGGGUGCGCGCACUGCCAAACGCGCGUACGCGCAACAUCAUCUUUUCUUUUUUUUUUCACCCACCGCUCUCUGCAAACCGAAGGGUCGACGGGCUUCCACUGAGAGGUUCCAGCUGUCAGUCACCGAGCUCCCCGAUCAGCAGACAGAUGUUUGAGGCUGUGCGGCCCGGAUCAACCUCCGACUGAUCAACAGAUCUGCAACUGUUAACCACUCCUGCAAGAUGAGGGACCCGAAAGGCAGCGCCGGAGCCAUGUGAGCCACUGACAUAUUUAUCCUUCAAUUCCCGAUCCAGGCAGCCACAGAGAUGUGAAGAAAGGAGCGCCAGAGACUCGCUUCUAAUUCGGCCGUUUUAGCAGGAGGAUCGCUACCAAAAUGACCAGACUAUUGUCUCCUCUCAUUGUAACGGAACGGGCCCGCAGGGAUCUUGGCACCGGUUUUACGCAGCAGACCACAUAGUUUUCAUCGACAUUCAGCUCGACUGAGGAGCGAACACAUGGACAAAGCCUGCCUACGCACGCCUCGUAGUGAUGCUGUGAAGUGAGCGUUUGAGAAGCCAUCAGAGAAACAUCCAGCUGGUUCCUCCUGACAGGAGAAACAUCAGGGAAGAAUCUACGGCCAGUCCAACACGUCCUUCCCUUCGUCCCCAGACAAAGAAACGUCUUAUACCCUAAAGCAUUUUCACAGACUCGCAUAGCGGGUUUGUUCUGGAGUUGGACCCAGAUGCAGACAGGCAGGCAGAAGCUACAAGAGUCUGUGAGCAAGUGAGAGAGGGACACUGUCUGCCCCACUGUCCAGUGACACCAUGAGCUGGAGCUUCCUCACACGGCUGCUGGAGGAGAUCCACAACCACUCCACCUUCGUGGGGAAGCUGUGGCUCACCGUGCUCAUCGUCUUCCGCAUUGUUCUCACUGCCGUUGGGGGAGAGUCCAUCUACUAUGACGAACAAAGCAAGUUUGUGUGCAACUCGGGUCAACCAGGAUGUGAGAACGUGUGCUACGAUGCCUUCGCCCCAUUAUCUCAUGUUCGCUUCUGGGUAUUCCAGAUCAUUCUGGUAGCGAUGCCUUCCCUUAUGUACAUGGGCUAUGCUGUCAAUAAGAUUGCACGAUUGGAUGAAGCAAAAGGAACCAUUGGAUCUUCCUCCGUCAGAACAGGAGGAGGUGGCUACACCCACCGUAAACCCAGGAAAAUCUGCUUUGGAGCCCGGCAGCACAGAGGUAUAGAAGAGACUGAGGAGGACCAAGAAGAUGAUCCUAUGAUCUAUGAGGUGCCAGAGAUUGAACCACCAAAAAGGCCUCGGGAUCCGCUGCAGCCCACACCCAGACCUAAGAUCCGCCAUGACGGACGUAAGCGUAUCCGAGACGAGGGUCUGAUGCGGGUCUAUGUCCUGCAGCUGGUUACUAGAACAGUGCUUGAGGCCAGCUUCCUUGCAGGCCAGUAUUUACUUUAUGGUUUUCGUGUGAAGCCGAUUUUUGUGUGCUCGGGAAAACCUUGCCCCCACAGUGUCGACUGCUUCGUUUCUCGGCCUACGGAAAAAACUAUAUUUCUGCGUAUCAUGUAUGGUGUCACUGUCCUCUGUCUCACUCUCAAUAUUUGGGAAAUACUCCAUUUGGGUAUUGGUUCUAUUUGUGACAUCCUGAGGAAACGGCGAAGCCCACCUCAGGAUGACGAGUACCAGCUAGGGUUGCUGGGCCCUAACGCUGGUGGGGAGGGCUCUGUGGGUGGGACAGCUCCUGAGGCAGGUUCUGAGGGUGGAGUAGGUGGAGAAGGAGCUGCAGAUUACGUUGGGUACCCAUUCUCAUGGAACACCCCUUCAGCUCCGCCGGGGUACAACAUUGUUGUGAAGCCAGAGCAGAUGCCAUACACUGACCUUAGCAAUGCCAAGAUGGCAUGUAAGCAGAAUAGGGCAAACAUUGCCCAAGAGGAACAGCAGCAGUUUGGUAGCAAUGAGGAUAAUUUCCCUACUGGAGGGGAAGCCCGAGUGGCUCUCAACAAAGACAUGAUCCAGCAGGCUCAUGAGCAACUGGAAGCAGCCAUCCAAGCCUACAGUCAGCAGCACCGGGCAGAGGAACAUCUUGGAGACAACCAGGAUGACAAGCCACAGAGUAACAUCAUCCAGGCCCAGCCACAGCCCCAACUUCAGCCGCAUAAAGAGCGAAAACACAGAGCGAAGCAUGGCAAAGGGGGCAGCAGUGGGGGAGGCAGCAGCAGCAACAGCAGCAGCAGCAAAUCAGGAGAGGGCAAACCUUCUGUAUGGAUUUAAGCCCACCUGAGGUGGCACGUAUUGUUAGCUUGUAUAUACUACUAAAUGGAUGUGAAGCUGUUGCAACCAGUGUUAAGUAAUAUACCAUACUUGCCUUAAAGAAUCCUGCAAGCUGGAGAUUAAUGUGGUUUAAUAGAGCUGGGUAAAAACAUUGAUGUUGCAGCUGACAGUUUGUUUAGUCCAUACUAUCUCUGCUAGAGUAAUAACAUAAACGAUGUGAUCUUUAUGUUUUCCUAUCACAUCUGAAAAUAGGUAAAUGUUGUCCUCCUGCUUCCCUUUUUGUUGGAAAUACAGCUUCAUAAAAUCUUUGAUUUCUCAAAGCUGUCUUGAAAGCAGAUUACCUGUAGAGUUUUUGAGCGAACAAAUCCUAAACAAGUCUUGAGGCAACAAAACAAAAAUUGAUGCAUUAUCCCUAUGUCUUAUGUACAAUAUCUAGCAAACCAAAGCUUUGACUUAAGGUUAUGAUAAUUAAGGUAAAUGUACAUAAAAGGUGAUUAAAGGGCAUUACCUGAAUCAUUGACUGUUUACUAGAACAAGAACGUAACUGCCUAAAGGUGAUGUUCUGUCAGAGUUUUUCUUUUUUCAUUCUUGUAGCACUUUUUCUAUGUUUAUUGCUAUACUUUUUAAUUCAACUGUGUGCUUGUCUCAUGCAAAUUCUUAAAGUGCUACACCAGCUGCUACUCAGGUGCCACUGAGUACAGCCGGUGGAUCUUGUAGUUUUUGUUUUGUUUUUUUACAAAAUGCAGAAGCAAGUCAGCUUUUAUACCUUUAAUCCUUAGGUUACUAUCCAUCUCUGUUGUUGGUGGAGAUAGUGCUUCUCUGCUGCUCCAUUUGCCUUGAAGCUGACUGCCCCCUGCUGGCGAUUUUAUACUGGGCAUUUACUCUCCUUUCAUUUACCAUGAAGUAGAUGCAAAUACUACCUAUAUCCAGCAACA